CCUUUAUAAAUACAAUACUACUCAUUUUCUCUAACUUCAUCCACCAAAAAAUUUGGCACAUCCUCAACUGCCCUCUUUUCAUCAUCAAACAACUCCGGCAAGAAAUGGCUUCCACGACAGAGGAAACAACCAUCACUUCCUACAGCGAAGACGACGACACCGUCAUGGAACAACAACACUAUGCUUAUGCUAUGGAACUGGCUACCUUAGCGGUGGUGCCGAUGACACUCCAAGCAGCCUUUGAACUCGGCGUGUUUGAGAUCUUGGCUAAGGCCGGGAACGGGGCCGAGCUCUCUUCGACAGAGAUAGCGGCUAAAAUAACCACAACAAACCCUGAAGCGUCGUUGAUGAUUGAUAGAAUAUUGAGGCUUCUAGCAAGCCACGCUGUCGUGGGAUGCUCUUUGGCUUCUGAUGAAGAUGGGAAUGUGCAAAGACUUUAUAGCCUUACGCCAGUUUCUAAGUAUUAUGUUCGUAACGAAGACGGUGUCUCUUUAGGUCCACUUUUAACACUGCUUCAAGAUAAAGUCCUUCUGCAUACAUGGAGUGAACUGAAAAAUACGGUUAUUGAAGGAGGAAGUACUACUUUCACAAGGGCUUACGGGGGAUUGAAUGCCUUUCAAUACCUUGGCACGGAUUCAAGAUUUAACCAAGUUUUUAACAUUGCAAUGAUAAAUCAUUCCACUAUGCCCAUUAAAAAAAUUGUCAAAGCCUACAAAGGCUUUGCAAACAUCAAGCAACUAGUUGAUGUUGGUGGUGGCCUUGGGAUCACCCUUCAACUCAUCACUUCUACGUACCCUUAUAUCAAAGGCAUCAACUAUGACUUACCUCACGUCAUUCGCAAUGCCCCUCCCUAUCCAGGUGUGGAGCAUGUGGGAGGAGACAUGUUUGAGAAAAUUCCAAAUGGAGAUGCUGUUUUCAUGAAGUGGAUACUACAUGAUUGGAGUGACGAUCAUUGCAUAACGUUGUUGAAAAAUUGCUACAAUGCAAUCCCAGAUGAUGGAAAGGUAAUCGUAAUGGACUCAAUACUUCCAACAUUACCCGAGACCACAAGUGCAACAAAAGCUGUUGCCCAAUGUGAUAUGGUUGAGAUGACUUUAUAUGAAGGAGGCAAAGAAAGAACUAGAGAUGAAUUCAAGGCCCUUGCAGCCAAAGCUGGCUUUAAACGUGUCAUAUUUCAAUGUCUCGUGGCUAAUCUUUGGGUUACUGAGUUUCUUAAAAAUUGAUAUUACACACACCAAGGAUUUGUGAUGGUGUGAUUAUCAAGAGUUUCAAACUAUAUAAUUAUAUCUAUGCUAUUUUAGUAUUUAAACUUUAAACUAUAUAAUUAAUUAGGCUUUAUUUCUAAUUUGUACUUUUCA